AUUUGGAUUUGCUAUGAAGAUAAAAUAACUGGCGCCUGGAAGAGCAGGGUUUAGGGUUUUACUUCCGCUCGUUCUCUCAGUACAUGUGCAGUAUAUGUGUAGGGUUUGAUUUUACUCUGUUUUGGAAUUAGGAUUCUAAGCCAGUCAAGCACUGGCAGCAUGGAAGGCGGCAGCGAAAAGCUUCCGAAGUUUGCAGCUCAAGCAUCACACGAGGCUAAAUUGACGGAAUUGCUGCGAAAUUUGACCUCAGUUGAAGUCAAGUUAUGUUCCGAUGCAUCCAAGGAGUUUAUCAAGUUGCUUAGAGGUGAUUCUGGGGCGGAAUUGCUGCGGGAGUACAUGCGGACUUCAUCCAACUGCUCGGAGCUUCUACAGGCUUGGAAGCUCCGGCAGGGGAAGCCCGGAUUGUCGAAUGUGUUGUCCUUGAUUUCUGCGAUUUUAGGACAUCCUGAUGGAAUGUGCAAAGGGAAUGAUUCGGAGGGGAUUGGUGUCAGUAGGUCUAUUGACAAGUUUGCUCGUUUGAUUAUUGUGGAGAAGUUGGAAGAUGUUUACAAGGAAUUGAAUAGUAAAGAGGCGAAGCGUCAGAAUGCUGUGCUUUUUCUACUGGCUUCUGUUGUUCGACGUGGUCCGAGCUUGGCUUCUGAUGUUGCAAAGAGCUUCGAUUUUAAGCUCCCGGUGUUCCCCAAGCUUGCAGAGUAUAAACAGAAGAAACUGCAGGCGAAAAGGAAGCAUUCCACGAGACGGGCGUUUGUUGGUUUUGCAAUAUCGUUUCUUGAAGUGGGGAAGCCGGGACUGUUGAGAUGGGUUUUACAGCAGAAGGAAAUGUAUUCUGGGGUUCUUCGUGGCCUCGGGAAUGAUGACGAUGAGACUGUUGUCUAUAUUCUGUCCACAUUGCGUGAUAGGAUUCUUAUUCCGGAGUCGUUGAUACCGCCAGGUCUUCGCAGCGUUCUGUUUGGGAGCGUUACUCUUGAUCAGUUAAUCAGCAUCUCCGGGCGGGAUAGUGAUGGAGAUGCUGCGGAGCUUGCCCACAGUGUUCUUGUAACUGUUUGUACCAACCCUUCUAAUGGGUUGAUGCCCGAUUUAAAAAGACAACCCAAGCCAUUAAGAGGAAACCCAAAGCGUCUCCUAGGUCUCAUGAAGAAGUUAAAAGUAACGGAUAUUGACUACCACAGGGACCUGCUUCUGGCCAUCGUGAAGGAGAACCCAUCGUUUGUUUCAUUAUACAUAGAUGUGUUUCCUUACAACCUUGAAGAUUAUACAUCUCCAACCUGGUUUGCUGCUAUUUCCCUGGCAGCGAAUCUGAUUUCUGAAGUAGGCAGGGGCUUGCCUUUAGGGUUCCUGGACUCUCACCCUGAUGACCCUCCUUAUGUUAACCACCCAGAUUGGCAGAGUGUUAUAAAAUGCCUAUGUCCUCGUCCAUUCAGCCGAUUGGUAGCCAAUAAAGGGCUACUUCAUACUAAUUUUCUUGUGAAACAUGGGACUCUCAGGCUUGUGUUGGAGGCGUUGAAGCUACUGGACACUUUCAUCAGCAGGGUAGAUACUUAUUAUUGUUCCAGAAACCAAAUGCUGGAUAGUUGUGUGCCUCUCAAGGAAGAAAUUCAGAAUGAAGUUCGGAUUUCGCUCCCUGAUCCCCAAGUUCUAUUGUCAUUACUUUCUUCUUUGAAUACCCACUACAAGAGUCCAGAGUCAUGCUUGAAGAGAAAAGAAGGUUCACAAAUUAUUCUUGAUCAAAGUGUUAAUUCUGUGAAGAAACUAAAAAUUGAUUCUAGGAAUGAUGACGACGAUAUUCUCGUAAGUGGGGUUUACCCUUUGCCUGACAUUGCAUUGCCCAGUGACAAUGGAGGAGUCCAGGAUAUUUGUGACGUGGAGGAGUUGAACAAUAAAGAUGACCACAGGAAAGUUAUUGCAGAUAUUUGGGGUUUAGAUGAGAGCUCCAUGUGCAAUAUGAAACUGCAGGAUGAGGAAACAUUCUUUUACUCUAAGUUGCUUGACACUCUCAAAAUUUAUCAUCGAGUAAUGCCUUCUGCGCUGGAGGGAUCAUUUGAUUUUUUCAAAGUUCUUCCUGGUAAUCCUCUGGUAUUACCAACUAUCCUUCAACAUUCUCUAUUAUCGCUCCUCAUAGAAGUUAUUGGGUGGUCUUCCAAGGGAAAAUUUCCUUUUAGAACUCCAGGACUGAUUUUCAAGCAUCUACAGCAAUUUAUUAACUUGCUGCUUUGUUCGCCAUUUAAAGACAUAAAGGGUCAAGCUCACAUUCUGGCAGAGGCAGCCAUGUUGAGUACGGGUGCAUUUGACAAAAACCCAAGGGAAAUUGGUGUCUGGUUCUUGUUUCUACCUGGUUAUAGCAUAGACAAGUCUUCUGUUGGAGAGGAAGGCAUUGAAGUGUUGAAGAACUUGUUUUCAGUCACUGUCACCUUUUUAUGUGAGGCUGUUUCCACCACUGGAAACAACUUAUUCAAAUAUUGGGAUCUUUUAAGAUAUCAUACAUACCAUUUAAAAGGCAUUGAAGAUGUUUCUCCUAAUUUCAGCCCUCUCGUCAUUUGUGUUUUAGAGAAGUGUCUAAGAGUCCUCACUUCUGAAUCUGGAACCUUUACCUUACCUGAGAAAUCAAUGAUAUCAUUAUAUGUUUGCAACUCAGUAAAAUCUCUUUUGCAGACACAGGUAGAAGCUGGUUUGCUGUCUUCACUGGUUGAUUUAUUAAUAUCCAGGAGGAUUCAGGAGCGCUGCUCUUUAGUUGAUAAUAGUCAGGAUUUGUGCGAAUGGAGGCCUUUGAAGAAUUUGUUGCUCUUUACACGGAGCAUUAUAAAUCAGCAAACUUUUAUGUUUUCUUCGAUUGAAAGAAAAGCACAUGCCAACAGUAGUUUUAUCGAAGUAUUAAGUGAAGCUAAAAGAGUUUUGAGGAGUGAGAAUGACUGUGGAUUGGCUAGAGUAGCUAAAGCAUUUAUGCAUUCAGUUAUAUCAACGCAUCCUGCUGUGAUUUUACAAAAUUUCCCAUUAGUUAUAUCUAUUUCAUGUGAUCUGUUUGGAGUACCACUCUCACUCCUGUUGUCUAUACUUUUUAUUGAACCAAGUCUUCUUUAUGAUGUUUUCAAGUUCUGGCCUGAAAUAUUUUCUAAUGGCCUGGAAAAGUCUGUUGCUAUGAUAAAUGGUGGGGAAAGAAAAGAAGAGAUACUUGUUGACAUGGAUAGUGACUUGAUAGGAUGUGCCUCGGUUGCAUUUGGUUUCUUUCUGAAGCAGGCAUCAUUCUAUGUGCUAUUUCCUGCCAUUGUAAGUGCUGAUGAACCAUUUUUAUUAGAGGGUUCAAAAUUGCAGGAUUUGCUCUGGGCUAAACUCUCUGAACUGGAAAUUGAUAACUUCAUUUCUUCUGUCCACCUUGUGCUAUUCUGGUUUCAUCGGAUACAAUUGUCUUAUAGAAUGAAACCAUUGGCUAAAUUUGAACAGCUUUCUGGUGAAUGUUGCAGUCUCAUAGAGUGGAUGUUCGUACGACUAUUAGGUGAGCAACGUGAUUCUGGUCAAGUAAUUAUCCGGAAUAUUGUUGAAGUGAUUGAAGUUAUUCUUUGCCAUCCUGUAGUAACAUUGUCUUUGGAAGAUCCUUUGGAUGAUCGGGAAGAGGUUACUGAAGGAAUUUUUGAUAAUAGUUUGGAAAAUUUUCUUGGUUUUGCCAGGCAAGGAAUUAACAAAAUGGAUUGUCAUGUUUUGAAUGUUUUAACAGUGAUUUUUGAAAACUUGGUAACUUUUUAUAGUUGGAGGUCUCUUGUUGAAGUUGAAUAUGUGAAUGAAAAGUUGUCUAAGGCUUUCAGAGGUCUGGCAAGGAAGCUAAAUUUGAUAUUCAGAUAUCAGUUUGAUGAAUGCCUGAAAUCUGAAAAUUUGAAGCCCCUUAACCGAACAUUAUACAUUUUACACACUUUUAUUCGGUUCAUAUCUCCUCUUGAGCUGCUUGAACUAGUGCAAUGGAUGUUAUCUAGGAUUGAUCUUAGUGAUUCUGCCCUUCGGGUAACUAAACGUUAUUCUCUCUCAGUUGGAUUGUGGAUUGCUGGCUGUGCUUUUGAUAUGCUAUCAGCUUAUUUUCUGCAGCCAUGUGCAGAAGGAAUACCAUACAGUGAUUUUUGGGGAAUAGAAGAAAAAAGUUUUGAUGUUCUUCUAUUUGAGAAUAUUUAUUUUGAAGUUAUCAAAAUUGCUCUGCAUUUUGAGUUAGAUUGUGCAGAUCUAUGUUUGCUGAAAGCUGUUAAUUUAGCAAACAAAUCGAAAGUUGUGCAAAGGCAGUGCCUUGCUCUAAGUAUGGACAUUUUGAGGGUUAUAUUAAACACUCCAAUGAAAGUGUUUGCUCAUUGCAUGAAUAAAACUAGCAUGACAAGAGCUAACAUAUUAUAUCGUCUCACUGAAGUGAGCCCCUUCCAUCUGUCAGUAUUUGGGCACUUGUUUUCAGAUAUGAUAAAACAGUAUCUGCUUCACAAUGGCAAUGUGAUUGAAGGAACACCUGAUAAUGCUGUUUCAGAAGAUAAUUUUGUGAUGCUUUUGCCUACUGCUUUGAUGUACUUAAAUUCAACUGACAUGAAAUACAGGGUGCAGUUUCACAAAUGUGCUAUCGAUAUAUCUUCUUUCUACUGCAGGAUCCUCUUGCAGAGUUUCUCAGACUGGAAGAACUAUGUUUCAAGGGACAUAUUUAAUGCAGAAUCUACUGAGUUGUUGGCAACAGCUAGUGAGGAAAUUCUCAGUCUUGUCUCUGGCAGUCUUCUGGGAAAAACAAUUCUUAUGCUUAGGUACUACUUUGCUUUGAAUGGAAAUGCUGUCAACUUGAAAAAGCGAUUGAGGUUAUUUGAUUCUGUUUGUCCACAUGCACAUGAUAAUAUUCUCGACUGUGAUGUCAAUGAGGUUGAUGCUUAUUCACCUAACAAGGCUCUGAAUCUUGUAAACAGAGUUGUUGCAAAGACAUACUUUUGCAGUAUGCUUUUAUUUCCAAAGGAUGAUCUGGUUCAGUCUAUGCCAAAGGAUGAUGGGAAUAUGAAGGAGAUUCUUUCGGGGAAGAGAUCAAAUAAAGUAGACUUGUCAAGAAUCCGAUUUAUGAACAUAUUGGCAAACACUUGGCAGCUGUUUGUCAAGAAAUUCCCUUUAAACUCUAGUGGCUCUGGAAAGGUAGGCUCAAGCUAUGUCUUAUUCAGAUUUUUGGAGGCCUUCAUUUUAAGGAAUAUUUUGGAGUUGACAAGAGAAAUGCAUAAAUGUCUAGUGAAAUUGAAUUGUCUUCCUUUCAUUGAACAACUGGGAAGAUCAUGUCUUCUUCAUAGAUUUGAGGACCCUGAAGCACUGAAGAUGCUUAGAGGUGUUCUUGGUUCAUCAUCUGAUCGGAACUGUUAUAUUUUAGUGCUUCAACUGGUGCUUGCCCAUUCUCAAUUUGUACCAACCAUUUGUUAUGUUUCCAAAUCAUCUGAAGUUUCUCAGAUUGGUGUGAUCUUUAGGCCUAUGGCCAGUAUUCUGAGUUUACUUGUUAUUCCAUCCACUGAUCAAAGUGCACUUAAUGGACAAAGUAGUCAACAGAAAACAUCUGAGCUGUACACCAAAAAGUUAGAAGUUGUUAAGUUACUUAGGACACUCUUUCAUCACCAGGCUUGGCGGUGUGGUUUUGAUUUUGAAAAAGAUAUUGGUAUUAGUUCUAGAGAAUUGCUUUUCUUGCUUCUAUCUUCUUACGGUGCAACACUAAGUGAAGUUGAUUUGGAAAUAUACAAUCUGAUGCUUGAGAUUGAGUCAAUUAAUGAAAGAGACACUGGAAGCCUUUCUGAGAUGGAUUACCUGUGGGGCAUUGCUGCUGUAAAAGUUAGAAAAGAACGAGAGCUAGAACAAAAUGUCUCAUCUGAUAUGAUCAAUGAUGUUGAAGCAGUUGAAGAACGCAGAAGAAAUCAAUUUAGGGAAAAUCUCCUUGUUGAUCCCAAAAUAUGUGCAGCUACUGUACUAUAUUUUCCUUACGAUAUAACUGUUAGUGAGAGAACUUCAUCCUUGUUUGAGAUUCAACAUGGUAGUUCUGAAGAUAUGGUUGAGACAUGUUAUGCAAGUGUUGAGGGAAAACAAAUCUAUGAUCCUGUUUUCAUCUUGCACUUCUCAAUUCACAGUCUUUUAAUGGGUUAUGUUGAACCUGUGGAGUUUGCUAGUUUGGGCUUGCUUGCAAUUGCAUUUGUAAGCAUAUCUUCAGCAGACGAUGAGAUAAGGAAAUUGGGUUAUGAGGCUCUUGGAAGAUUCAAAGCUGCAUUAGAGGACAAGGUCUCGGGCAAGGUGCUACUUCAAGGAGUUCUUAAAAAUGGUCUAUAUCGGCUGGAUCCAACAUUUGUUCAUGCUGCAUCUUCAGCUGUUUCUAGCUCUCCUGUUGCUAUUUUUCCCUCAUAAUCUUCAAGGCCUUCUUUGUCAUCUGUCUGCUGUUUAGCAAGUUGUAAUAGUAGUUAGGGAAAUUGUAAUAAAUUCAGCAUGCCAGUGUCUUGUACUGAUAGACUUGGUCAGUAGUGGCAUGCUAGGCUGGGACAUCCUUCUUUCUCUGUAUUGAAACAAGUGCUAAAUAAAAUCAGUAUUCCUUAUUCUUCUACUGAUUUAUCCUUUUGUGAUUCAUGCAAGUUGGGUAAACUGCAUCAAUUAUCCUUUGCAAAAUGUUCUAUUAUAGCAAAUCAUCUCUUGGAAUUGGUUUAUUCGGAUCUAUGGGGUCAUGCUCCUAUGUUGUCUGUUGAGGGUUAUAUGUAUUAUAUUAUCUUUGUUGAUGCCUAUACUCGAUAUACCUGGCUGUAUCCAAUGAAAUUAAAGUCUAAAGCCUUAUCCAUUUUCAAAACCUUUCAUAAGUUUGCUGAAUUGCAAUAUCAGUUUAAAUUCAAAGCUUUUCAAAUGGAUAAUGGUGGCGAAUUUAAAGCCUUUUUACCCUAUCUGCCUUUUUACCCUAUCUUCAUACUUCUGUUUCCAUUUUGUUUCAUAAAUGUGUAAUUUCCUAUAUAUAUUGAUGUAAUAUAUAGUGUUAUAUAUAUAUAUAUCUGUUCGCAUGUGUGAGGCCAUGUCUUUGCAACUUCAUAGCCAUGCCCUGCAAUGUCAUGGCUGCAAGUGGAGUUUUACACGCAAAGAGGGAUGGGCAAGGCAAUGAGGAGAGGGAUGGUACGUGGCCUAUAAAUAGAGGGAGAAGUUGAGAGAAAUGGCAAGAGCAAGCAAUGGCCGAGAAUGGUAGAGGAAGCAAGCGAUGGUCAAUGAUGGCUAAAGUAGAGCAGCAACGAGCUUAGCGUCGAGAUGGUGGCCAGUUAGCUUGAUUGGUGGCCGAGUUAGUGGCUGGAAUCGGCCGCAGCAGGCGGACAACAACCAUGGCCGCAAGCAGCAGCCAUGGCAGCACAGAAGAAGGCGAGUAGGGGCGGGCAGUGGAGGUGGCCGAUGGUCGCGUGGCGGUUGGAGGCGGUCGGCGAGGGCAGAUGCAGAUGGUAGAGCAGCUGUGGGGGCGAUUGGGCAUGGCGAUCGUGUAGGUGCAAGGAGGAAGAAGGAAGAAGAAGAAGGGGAGAAAGAAAAAAGAAAAGAAAAAGAAAAAGAAAAAGAAAAGAAAAAAAAGAAAAGGAGAGGAAAAUAGGAAAAAAUGUGGAAAAAUCUCUAAAACAUCCUAGAAAAUUCUAGGAAUUAAUUUGGGACUAGAGGAGCAUGCUUGGAGUUAAAAAAUUGAUCAGGCACGCGUUUCGAGAUCAAAAUACUCAUACCGAGGAAGCUUGAGAGGCUGAGUCAAGGUGAGUGGUUUUUCUUAGAAAUUAUUUUUACGAAUUGUGGUAGUGGAAAAAUUGGGAUAGUGUUUGAGGAAUUAUUUAGUGUGGAAAUAGAGGAAAAUUAUUUAGGAAAAAUAGGAAGAAAUAGAAGAAAGUUAUGAGAAAAUUAGGAAAAAUAGAAUAUUGAUAUCCUUGAAUAAAUAUGAUGGCCAGGAUAUGUUGAGGUUUCGAAUUGAGUAUGUUAGAAGCUUGUCACGAGAAUUAAGAAAUUCUGAGAUAUGUUCGAGGUAAGUGGUCUGACCCUAAAUCUGGUUUUAUGUAAACGGUUUUAUCAUGUUGUCAUGCCUUGAUGUGAAUGUCAUGUAGAUUGCUUUUACAUGUUAUGAUAAAAUGUGCAUAUGUUCACGAUAAUAUUGUUGAUCAUGCAUCGCAUAUAUUUGAGAGUAUUGGCCGGCAUCGCUGCUCUGUCAAGGGUACACCCAUACACCUCGGCAUGCUGAGAAAGCCGUAAAAAUAGGGAGUAGUAUUAAAGUACGACCUGCUCAAACGAAAGGAAAAGGAAAAGGACAUUUUGCAUAUUGCAUUCAUGCACGAAAUAUGAAUUUUGUACCCUUACUUAGAUGAUUCAUCAUUUAACCUAAGCUUUGCCCCUAGAAUAUUCGAACCUUCCAGAUGGAGAUUGUAGCAGAAACGAAGAUGAAAGAGGCAUGUAAUGGCAUUUAGCAAAAGUGCAUGAUGUAAUGGUUAUAUGUGUUAUGUUGCCUAUAUAUUUAAGUUCUGCUAUUUUGAAUUCUUAACGUUUUGAAGAAUGAUGAUGUAUAACCUUAUAUUAUGGUUAAUGUUAAGGUUCAAUUCUUAACUUCCGUAUUUGAUCUUUAUGAUGAUUCUUAUUCGAGAUAGAUGAAUGGAAAUUUGGGAUAGAUAUGAGGAAUGAUAUGAUUAGCAUUAGUUUUGAAUAGAAAAAAAAUUAUUAUUCCAGAAUUGUCCCAAAUUAUAAUAUGCCUGGAAAACGAGGUGUUACAAUACUUGCCUGCUCUAAGAUAUGAAGAUCAUACUUCUGCUAGGAUAUACAAAUACCAUGGGUAGAUUGAGCAACUUCAAUACUCAAGAAAUACUGCAGUCGACUUAGAUCUUUAGUUUGAAUGUGGGAAUGGAGAUGAAUCGUUAAUUGUGAAAUCCCUUGCUCACCAUUUCCAAUAAUGACAAUAUCUUCCACAUACACCACUAAAUAAAUGACACCACUAGAAGCAUGGCUAUAGAAAACUGAUUGAUCAACUUCAUUUCUAGUCAAACUCAAGGACUGAAGAAUAGAACUAAAACGGCUGACCGAACCAACACCAAGGAGACUGUCGCAAGCCAUAUAAUGACUUUCUAAGGUGACAAACUAGGUCAGACUCCCUCUGAGCAACAAACCUUGAAGGUUGCUCUGUAUAAACUUCUUCAUGAAGGUUUCCAUGAAGAAAGCAUUCUUAAUAUCAAGUUGGCAAAGAGGCCAGUGUUUAAUAGCAGCCAUAGAAAAUAACAAGAGAACUGAAGCAAUCUUAGCUACCAGAAAGAAUGUGUCACCAUAGUCUAGACCAAAGAUUUGUGUAUAACCCUUGGCAACCAGUCUAGCAACAAUAAAGUCAUCAUGACCAACUUUAACUAUAAAAUCUAGUGACAGCCAACCAAGGGUUUCCCUGGAGGAAGUGGAACUAAAUCCCAAUUCCCAUUAGCAAGUAAAGCCAACAUCUCCUCAUCCAUAUCACAGGACCAGCCAGGAUGAGCAAGAGCUUUUGCAUAUGUUUUAGGGAUAGAACUAGAAGAAAGAGCUGAAACAAAUGCACAAUAUGUAGAAGAUAAGCUAUGAUAGCUCAAACAAGUGUAAAUGGGAUAAGGAUUUCGAGUUGAAAGUGUACCUCAACGAAGGGGAUGUUGAAUAGGACCAGUUGCUGAAGGAGUAAUGGGCACCAUGGGAAGGGACAGCAUCAUCAAUAUGAGCUGGACUGGCAGGUACUGAUGUUGGAGAUGUGGAGCCUGAUUCAAUUUAUGACACUUACGUAAAGCCGGUACAGACACUGUCCGGUUAGCUGGCAGCGGUCAAGGGGGAAGCACUGUUUGCGGGUGCUUGCUCUUGAAACCUUGUGGAUAUAAUUCUUUAUUUAUAACAUUCUCAAAUAGUGGAAAACACCUAGUGUGGCCAUGGACGUAAGCAUUCUUUGCUGAACCACGUAAAUUCGGUCUUAUGUGUGAUUUUGUUCCAAGUUUUCUUUAUCGCUUGAUUCGUUCCCUAACAGCAGAAAGAGAAUCUGAACCUGCAGUAGCAGGUAAAGAGUCUGGAGGAUCUGAAGUUCAAGGGACAACAAUAGAAGCUGGAUCUACAAUUAAAGAAGCUGAUAUAGGACGAUGACAACGCUGAUAAGUCAAAAGAGGAUGAGUAGAUAUAGGAGCAGCAGAAACUGAACCUGCAGUACGAAAUGUACAGGAACAGGAAGUACCUCAUCAAGAGAUGAAGUAGAAACAAAGAAAAGAGUGGACUCAAAGGAAGGCACAUCAGAAGAGAGUAAAAUAACUAUCAAGAUAUAAAGAGAAACCUUUGUAUCCCUUUUGAAGGCGUUAGUAUCCCAAGAAGACGCAUUUAACAGAUCAAGGUGAUAAUUUAUCUUGAUCUGGAAAGGAGAUGAAC